UUUUCUUCUGCUACGUUCAGUGUAGAUGCAAAAAAUCGUGACGCUGGCAAUUACUGAGGAAAACAAGCUGGAAGUCAGAUUUUCAACCGCGUUAUUCCCCUGACGACACCAGAAUAAAAAACAAAAAUAUUAACGCUAGAGCCUGAUAUAAAGUGUUCUCUUGUCAUUUCUCAUUGGAGUUUGAGGCAGAUUAUUUUUUACACGAUGGCUUCAAGUGAGUGUUCAUUGUGAUACCGUCAAAUUUAUGAGCGUUUACCAAGUGCGUGAAAGCAGCAUUUUCCUACUUCUACCCAAAAUCCUUUGCAGAAAAAACGAACAGUCUAUUCUGAUAAAAGUGGGAUGCGGAAGCAGCGGCCUGCAGCGAACAUUAUGUAGCAGUGCUGUCAGACUUCAGCAGACCGCAGCAUCCGCCACUGACUCUGGGAAAACCUCUAAAGACUUCAGCCAUUUUCCUCCACUGCCCGGUCAGGACAGUUCACUGAGGUGGGGCGGAAAGAAGUUUGAGGAGUUACCAAUCAUUCACAUUAAAGCCACAUACAACAACACACACAUCCAACUGACAGACAGCGCGGGACAGUCGAUGAUCAGGACGUCCUGUGGAACAGAAGGCUUCAAGAACAUCAAGAAGUCGACACCCAUCGCCGCGCAGACUGCGGGCAUCUCUGCUGCUGCGAAAGCCACAGCAAAGGGAAUUACGUUUGUUCGUGUUUUGGUCAAAGGUCUUGGUCCUGGACGCCUGUCUGCAAUCAAAGGCUUGACCAUGGGAGGCCUGGAGGUGGUAUCGAUCACUGACAACACCCCCGUGCCGCACAAUGGAUGCCGCCCGCGCAAAGCCAGAAGGAUGUGAUCUCCACGAGCCAGAAUGCACUGCAACAGGAGGAAGCUGUUGUGUCGUAAUAUGAUAAUAAAGUAUUUUGUUGUGUAACUUU